AUGUGCUCAAAUCGUCAGUACUCUUCUUCCACAGCCUCCACAGAAACCCUCCACGCGGUCAUUCUCGCCUGUUCUGAUCGUAACGGAGGAUGUUUGGAAGGAAUCUUGGAUGCUCUUGCGGUGUACGAGGGCAUUUACUUGCCGCCUCAUGGUAAGCAAUAUAAAAGGAUGAAGGACACGCUUCAGAAUGGAGAAUCGAUGAGGAGGAGAGUACGGGUCGGGGGGUCGGCUGGAUUAAUACAUGUGUUCUCGCCUCCCCCCCGAUUCGUACUCUCCUCCUCAUCGAUUCUCCAUUCUGAAGCGUGUCCUUCAUCCUUUUAUAUUGCUUACCAUGAGGCGGCAAGUAAAUGCCCUCGUACACCGCAAGAGCAUCCAAGAUUCCUUCCAACCAUCCUCCGUUACGAUCAGAACAGGCGAGAAUGA